GACAAGUUCGUGUCCUUUUUCAUGCCAAUUUGCAGCGACCUGCAGCUGCCAAAUUGUAGACGAAAAUAAACGUUUUUUCGGGAAAAAACUCUUGUUUUUCGACUGAUUUCGUGAAUGCUAUUAACAGUUCUUAGUGAUCUCUAAAAUGGAAAACAUGGCAGAUGAAGUGGCGAGCAUUAGUGAAACCCCAACAAUAGACACAACGGAGCCCAGUGCGUCAUCCCCAGAGGCAGAAGUAUUGGCUGAAUUGAAAAAGGAAGAGGCUAAUAAAUUUUACGUAACGAAGGAUUAUAAAAAAGCUUUGGUAGGCUACAGUGAAGCCAUCGAAUUAUGCCCCAACGUAGCAAGAUAUUAUGGCAAUCGGUCAGCAUGUUACAUGAUGUUGGGCCUCUAUCGAGACGCCUUAAAAGAUGCUCAAAAAUGCAUCGAAUUGGACCCGAAAUUCAUCAAGGCGUAUUCUCGAGUAGUAAAAUGUUCCUUAAUCCUCGGCGAUGUUGUGAACGCUGAAACUGCAUUAAAUAAAUUAAAAGAGUUCGACCCCGCUGGAACUUCAGUUCUUGCUGAAAAAAGAGAUCUGGAACACCUGCGAAGAUUUCUCGUUGAAGCUGAAGCUGCCUACGCAGCCAAAGAUUACCGAAAAGUUGUUUAUUGCAUGGACCGUUGUUGUGAUGUGAGCACAAGCUGCCCAAGAUUUAAACUAACAAAGGCUGAAUGUUUAACAUUUUUAGGAAGAUACCAGGAGGCCCAGGACAUUGCAAACGACGUUUUACACAUCGACAAGCAGAAUGCAGAUGCAAUUUACGUUCGUGGCAUGUGCUUGUACUAUCAAGACAAUAUCGAUAGAGCUUUCUCUCAUUUCCAACAGGUUCUUCGACUUGCGCCCGAUCACGGAAAAGCACUUGAAAUAUAUAAGAAAGCAAAAUCUUUGAAGCUAAAGAAAGAGGAGGGAAAUGUGGCAUUCAAAGCGGACCGCUUUGAAGAAGCUUACAAUCUCUACACAGAAGCUUUGCUUCUUGAUCCACACAAUGGAAUGGCAAAUGCAAAAUUGCAUUUUAACAAAGCCACAGUCGCUGCAAAGCUUGGUAGGCUCAACGAGUCAAUAACAGAAUGCACAGAAGCAUUGAGAUUAGACGAAAAUUAUUUAAAAGCUCUACUCAGAAGAGCACAGUGUUAUAUGGAUCUCCAGGAAUUCGAAGAAGCUGUGCGUGAUUACGAGAAGGCGUACAAGAUGAGCAAAACCCGAAACAACAAACGAUUACUCUCGGAGGCUAAACUCGCUUUGAAGAAAUCGCAAAGAAAAGAUUAUUAUAAGAUUCUCGGAAUUGAUAAGAAUGCUUCUACCGACGAUAUCAAGAAAGCCUACAGAAAAAGAGCCAUGGUUCACCACCCAGAUCGACAUGCGAAUGCUUCCGAUGGAGAGAAGAAGGAGCAAGAGAAAAAAUUCAAGGAAGUCGGCGAGGCUUAUGGAAUUUUAUCUGAUCCGAAAAAGCGAUCCCGUUACGACAAUGGCCAUGAUAUCAAUGACGAUGCAGAAGAAAUGGACCAGAAUGCGAUGUUCCACGCCUUCUUCUCUCAAAACUCUGGAGCAUUCCCGGGCGGUUUUGCUUAUCAAUUUGUCUAAGCCUCUCUCGUACCUUUGGCGAGCGAAUCGCAAUGCAAUCACAGUGUGUAUACCAGUCGAUCAGUCUUUUUUUCUUUCGCCUCAAUUGCGGCGGAAUAACACUACAAAUAAAAAAAGGUUGUUCGCGUGC